AUGAUAAUGGCGAGGUAUGGGAUUCCGAGGGAGAGGGUGCUGUACAGUAGGGACCUUUCCUUUGCGGGGGAGGUCAGGAGGUUGACUGCGGGGAGGGGGGUGGACGUGGUGCUUAAUAGUUUGGCGGGGGAUGCGCUGGUGGUGUCGUGGGAGUGCGUUGCGCCGUUUGGGCGGUUUGUCGAGAUUGGGAAGAGGGAUAUCUUUUCCCAUGGGGAGAUUGCCCAUGUACCAGUUUGCAAAGAAUGUAUCGUUUUGCGCGGUGGAUUUGAGAGCUGUGUCGGGUGGUGGCGAUGGGGAAUUGACAGGGGCUGUUGUUCCAAGGGGUGGCAGUUCGAAGGGGAUGGGAGGUAUGUCAUUGCCGGGGGCUUGGGUGCCAUGGGCCGGGUUAUUGCGGAGUGGAUGGCGGCGAAGGGGGUUGGGCACCUGGUUCUGCUGUCACGGUCCGGAGCUACGUCAGCAGAGGCGUUGGCCUUCAUUGAACGUUUGCAGAGCCAAGGGGCUGCCAUCUACUCCCCCGUCUGUGAUGCUGCCGACGGAGAAUCGCUCCGUGCGGUUUUGGAUCGCUGUAAGGCUCACAUGCCACCCAUCAAAGGCUGUAUCCAGGUAGCCACGGUACUCCGAGAUAGCUUCUUCGAGGACAUGGACCACGAAUCUUGGUCUGUCCCUCUGAAAUCAAAGAUUGACGCAUCAUGGAGCCUGCACAAACAGCUCACUGCAAACCUGGACUUUUUCGUCUUGUUCUCGUCAGUCGCCGCCAUCAUCGGCUCACAGGCCCAAGCAAACUACGCAGCAGGAAACACCUUCCAGGAUGAACUGUCUCGCCACCGCAUCAGUAAAGGCCUCCGUACACUCUCGGUCAACUUGAGUCUUGUCGGCGGCCUGUCGGGUUCUCGGCCGAGCAUCCCAAUCUGGCGCAGCAGUUCAUCUUGA